UCUUUGUGCCACAGACGCGUUUCUUCAGGUUUCUUCGCGUCUUACAGAUUGAACUUUGACAACGUCAAGAGACGUCGAGUGCUGAAAGUUAAUCUGUCGUCUCUAACUUCACUUCCCAACAUGCCUCGGCGUAAGAAGAAGUCACUUUUUACGCAUAAGAAGAAAGUGACGAAGGUGACAAGGCGUGCAACCGACUCACCCACCCAUAGCGAAUGGGAAACGAUGCCAGAUUUUGCCUCGUUUGUAGUCGCUGAUGAAGAGGGGAACCCGCAUAAAUUCUCUACUCAAGAAACCGCAUUUAUUCUACCGUAUGGGGUGCUUCCGGGCAAAUUGCACCAUCCAACUGCAUAUUGGAUUGGUAAAAUCAAACAAAUUAGGGCAAAAAACGAUGAAGAUGUAUGGGCUCGCGUACAGUGGUUCUGGUCGCCUCAGGAAGUCAACUCUGUAAUCAAGUCCUUUGAUGUCAGUGACUGCGGCCAAUAUGAACGGAUCAUGUCAGAUUACCAUGAUUAUGUAUCCACGCAAAGUUUCUGUGAUCAUGCAACUGUCAUGAGAUAUGAUGAACGCGCUGUCGACCAAGAGGUGUUCGACUCCGAUGAUUUCUACUGUCGAUUCGACUUGGAAUACCUCGCUCGGAAAAUCCACCCAAAUGUUACGCGUACUGCUUGUUACUGCGGUGUAUCUUACAAUCCCGAUCGAGACCCAGUAAUGCAUUUCUGUCCGCGUCCAGCUUGCCGCGCAGCCUUCCAUCAAGAAUGUCUGGACAGGCCAACACAAAAAUUAAAUGCAGUUGCUAGGGCCCGAAAGUUUAUCGAAAGUUGGCCCGAUACAGAUGAAAAGUUAACUAUCGAAGACUUAGUCGACUCACGAUCAUGCCGUAAAAGGAGAAAGGGACCUGAAUCCUCGAUCUCAGAUCCCCUUGAGCAAUUUCCAGAAGAGCUUGUCAAGGCGGCUCAGCAACAGAUUGUAAAAGGUGUGCAAGCCGGGGGUGUCGUUGGGAAUGUGAAAUCGGUGGUGGCGGCCCGCCAACUGAUUUACCGCAGCUUGCUUGAUGGUUCUCCUUUACCUACUGACUGGGAGGAUAAGGUGGACGUUGAAGCAGCUAUUCCCCCGAAGAGGAAGAGCUCUCCUGUAUUUGUGUGCCCCCAGUGUCAGAGUCUCAUUUGAUAUCAAGGACAAUGUUACGGAGGGUUCUCGCAUUGAUAUCCUACUCACCCUGCCCAAUUACCGAUACCUUUUCAUUCCACACCUUAAUCUAGACAACUACCCUUGUAGCAUAUUCACACCUACACAGUACUAUACUCUGUAUAAAUACAUAGCCAGACCUAGACCGUCAAUUUCA